UGGCAAACAAAUAUGAUAUUCUACAAACCUGAAUCAUAUAUUGUCCCUGAAAAAUUUAGAGGGAUUAUCAAGCAGGAGUCGCAAGAUACUUCAAAGCUUAUAGAAGUCAAGGCUCAGAGGGAUUCAAAUAGUAUCGACGUUGGAAAUCCUCAGAAGUUUAUCACUCUAAACCAGCCUCAGAUGCAAAGGAUUCCUCAGAAAGUCAUAAAAUAAGAAAUUGGAAAAAUCUGAUCUUGCUCCAACACUGAAUCUAAAGAAAUUUAUGAAAAGGCUGCAUAAACAGCCGAGAUCAAGAGCUCAUAAGCGAGUUUUUGGGGAGGUUGAUGAAAAAUGUAAAACAAUGAAAAAUCCUCCAAAAAGACUCUACUCCAAAAAUUUCAAAAUAAAACCCCGCAUAAUUGAGAUCCGAAGGAAAACAGACUCAAACCCCACUGACCACAGCUCAGACGCCUACAGAAUCAACCUCACCUCCUCUCCCAAGAGAAAAACCACGCAUUCUCCCCUCUAUCCCUACAACCCUAAAACUCCCAAACCCUCUAACCACAUCCUUCCAAACACAACCUCGUCACCUCCUCAAAACGCUCAGCAUAGAUUACAGCCUUCGAUGAGCCGUAACGGCCAAAUGCUCAUCGACCACUCAUUAAACUACAACACUAUUUCGCCAAUUGUAGGGAAGAUUAAUAGCUUCUCUACAAAAUCAUACUUUAAUGAGUUCAGGGAAAAUAUGAAAUACCAACAACAAAAAGGACUCAAACAAACCUUUUCUAAACGCAAUCCCUCAACAGAAGGAUAUAUCGAUAUCUUAGGUGCACAACCCAAAAUGAAUCUUUUCAAUCUCAAAAACAUCCAUCCACACUCUACACAAAAUCGAACUAUCCAACUCACUAAGCCUACUUCUGGCUCUCCAAGAAAGCCUAUUUCCUUCCAAUCUCCACUAGGAAACACAGAGUUCAUGCACCAGAGGCAAAGUAUUGCUUCUCAGAGUAGCGCAUACGAAAUGUUCCCAUCACGAAGGAAGAGAUUCCACAGUGUCAACAGGAUGAUAUACCGCUACCCUGAAGUCGCAAGAUCUAGCAGCCCACAAGGUUUUCCAAGUAUAUAACCAAAUUUCAACCAGAG